GGCGAUUCCCCUCCUGCCGCCGGGACCGCGGCACCUCCAGCCGAUCCCCGGGAAGGGUUUCCAGAAGGUGGGAAAUGUCACCUGAUUCACACUGAACUUUUAAGAGCUCCCCGCCCCCCGGGAGCCGCGCACACCCGCCCGGCGGCCGCCCUCCCGCGGCCCCACACCCUGGGAGACCGCCCACCGCACACCGCCGGGACCCCCGGCCGCAUUUAAGCGCCGCUGCGCCCGGCUCCCGACGUCCAUUGAAGCGCGCGGCGGCCGGCGGCGAGCGCGGGGCUGCGCCAGGAUCGCUGCGCCCUCCGCUGCCCGCCUCUGCGCCCGCCCGGGCCCCGCCGCUGCUCGCCCCGCGCCCGCCCCGAGAUGGGCCGCUCCCGGCACCAGCCCGGCGGGCUCUGCCUGCUGCUGCUGCUGCUCUGCCAGUUCCUGGAGGACCGCAGCGCCCAGGCUGGGAACUGCUGGCUGCGCCAGGCCCGCAACGGCCGCUGCCAGGUGCUGUACAAGACGGAGCUGAGCAGGGAGGAGUGCUGCGGCACCGGCCGCCUCAGCACCUCGUGGACGGAGGAGGACGUCAGCGACAACACGCUCUUCAAGUGGAUGAUUUUCAACGGGGGCGCCCCCAACUGCAUCCCCUGUAAAGAAACGUGCGAGAACGUGGACUGCGGACCCGGGAAGAAAUGCCGGAUGAACAAGAAGAACAAACCGCGCUGCGUCUGCGCCCCGGAUUGCUCCAACGUCACCUGGAAAGGCCCGGUCUGUGGCCUGGACGGCAAAACCUACCGCAGCGAGUGCGCGCUCCUCAAGGCCCGGUGUAAGGAGCAGCCGGAGCUGGAGGUCCAGUACCAGGGCAAGUGCAGAAAGACCUGCCGGGAUGUCUUCUGUCCGGGGAGCUCCACCUGUGUGGUGGACCAGACCAACAACGCCUACUGCGUGACCUGUAACCGGGUGUGCCCGGAGCCCACCUCCUCGGAGCAGUAUCUGUGCGGCAACGACGGGGUGACCUACUCCAGCGCCUGCCACCUGCGGAAGGCCACCUGCCUGCUGGGCAGGUCCAUCGGCCUGGCCUACGAGGGAAAGUGUGUCAAAGCAAAGUCCUGUGAGGACAUCCCGUGCAGCGGCGGGAAGAAGUGCCUGUGGGACUUCAAGGUUGGCCGAGGCCGGUGUUCCCUGUGCGACGAGCUGUGCCCCGAGAGUAAGUCCGAGGAGCCGGUCUGUGCCAGCGACAACGCCACGUACGCCAGCGAGUGCGCCAUGAAGGAGGCCGCCUGCUCGGCGGGCGUGCUGCUGGAAGUGAGACACUCCGGAUCUUGCAACUCCAUUUCGGAAGACACCGAGGAAGAGGAGGAAGAUGAAGACCAGGACUACAGCUUCCCCAUAUCUUCCAUUCUAGAGUGGUAAAGCCGCCAGCCGUGUUCAGUGUUGGCAUAGCCUCUGGGCAGAGAACAGAAAGGAAAGAAAGGAAAGAAAGAAAAAAAUAUAUAUUGUCCAUACUGUACAUAAGUGUAUGCUUAUUUAUUUGGGGGGAAAGUAUACAUAGAGGGCCUCGGUCCUCCAGCUCUCUCCCCGGCCACCUGUUGUUACUCCUCGGACCGGAGAGGCCGCCUUGCGAGGGCUCCUGGCCGAGGCCCGUCGCGGAGACGUGUAGACAUUUAUUUAUACUGUGUCAUGUUCUAUAAUUUAUACAUAAAGUGUCUGGUUGACUGUA